AUGGCCAAAACUUCCAAAGCCACGAAAAGGUUUCAAAGCAAACACUUGAAGCACACAAUCGACCACCGUCGGAAAGUGCAAAAACACAAUAAACUAAAAGGCCUGAGUAAGAAAUCCACUGCUCCAGAUGGCGAUGAGGUAAAGCCAGAGAAGAAGUCCACCAAGCCUGUUUUCGAUGAUAUGUCCAUGGAAGACUUUUUUGAGCUGGAUAUGAAGCUUCCUACGCCUAAGAAGGGUACUAAGGUUAGUGCUGGUUCUGAGGACAAGGAUGAAGACGAGGAUGAGGAACAGUCUGAGGAUAUCGAAUUGGAUGAUUCUGAAGAGGAGGCUGGUGCUGGUGCUGCUUCUGACGAGGAAGGAGAAUCUUCUGAAGAGGAGGACGAGGAACAGCUUAAAGAGGAGAUGGAUAAGCUUGCCGAGAAGGAUCCAGAGUUUUACAGUUACUUGCAGAAGAACGAUAAGGCGCUUUUGGACUUUGAGGGUGUUAACCCAAUGGACGCUAUGAGCGAUGAUGAAGAUGACGAGGAGGAAGAGGGAGAAGAGGAUGAAGAGCCAGAGAAGAAGCAAAAGACCCAGAAGAAGAAAACUGAUAUCACCAAAGAGCUUCUUAUUUCUUGGGACAAGAAGUUGAAGACUCCUACUACGAAGGUUGUCCAGAACGUUGUGGCUGCUUUCAAGGCUGGUGUCAAUAUCAAUAUUUCUGAGGAGGAUAAUGGCCGUUACACUGUUAGCGAUCCAUCUGUUUUCGCCGAUUUGAUGUUCAUUGGCUUGAGAAGUGUGCCUGACGCUAUCCAGAAGUUGGCUCCAUACAAGGUCAACUCUAAGGGUAUCAGAAGCUUGGACGAAAAGAACGAAAACACCAACCAAAUUGCUAGAAUCUUGAAGAGUCAGGCUGGCGCCUACAUUACGCUUUUGGAGGAUAUCAGCAACACCGAAACUGCCGCUUUGGUCUUGAGUUCUCUCCAGGAUGUCUUGCCAUUCUACUUGUCUCACAGAAAGAUCCUUAAGCAGAUUUACACUGCUGUUGUGGACGUCUGGGCCACCACUCAGAACCUUGAAACCCAGAUCGCUGCAUACGCUUUCAUGAACAACUCUGCCAGAGAGUUCCCCAAGGCCGUUUUGGAGAUUAUCUUAAAACAAACCUACUCCUCGUUCUUGAAGGCAUGCAGAAAGACCAACAUCCACACCAUGGACUUGAUCAACUUUGCCAAGAACUCUGCAUCUGAGUUGUUCGGUAUCAACGAGCAAUUGUCGUACCAGGUUGGCUUCGAAUACGUCCGUCAGUUGGCCAUCCACUUGCGUACCACCAUCACCAACACCAGUAAGCGCCUGGCCACCUCUGAAAACAAGGAGGCCUACAAAAUCAUCUACAACUGGCAAUACUGCCAUUCCUUGGAUUUCUGGUCCAGAGUGUUGUCCCAGCAAUGCAACCCUGAGAUCGAAGAAACCAAGCACAAGAACAAGGAGUCCCCAUUGAGAUCCUUGAUCUACCCAUUGGUUCAGGUCACCUUGGGUACCAUCAGAUUGAUCCCUACUCCCCAGUUCUACCCAUUGAGAUUCUACUUGAUCCGUUCCUUGAUUAGACUUUCUCAGAACACUGGUGUUUACAUUCCUAUUUACCCACUCAUCCAGGAGAUCUUGACCUCUAGUCUUUUCAAGAAGCCAGCCAAGAGCGUCAGCUUGCCUGCGUUUGACUUUGAGCACAACAUUAAAGCUGGCCAGCAAUACUUGGGUACGAGGGUUUACCAGGAAGGUGUUUGUGAACAGUUCAUUGACUUGACAAGUGAAUUCUUUGUGUUGUACUGUAAGAGCGCUGCUUUCCCUGAGCUUAUCACUCCUCCAGUGAUUGCCCUUAGGCGUUUCUUGAAGAAGUCGAGACUUAUAAAGUUCAACAAACAGGUUCAGCAGCUUGUGGAAAAGUUGACCUCAAACGCUCAUCUUAUAACCUCCAAGAGAUCCAAGAUCCAGUAUGGUCCUUCCAACAAGGCUGAAGUUCGUACUUUCAUGAAGGACACUAAAUGGGAAACCACUCCUUUGGGUCAGUAUGUCACUGUCCACAGAAGAAGCAGAGAGGAGAAGUUGAGACUCUUGAAGGAAGCUGUGCUUGAAGAAGAGGAGGCCAAGAAGAAGUCCAAGUCUAAGGAUGUCGAGAUGGAAGAUGCUUUGAACACGUCUGAAAGUGAAGGAGAGGACGACGAAGACGCUGAAGGUUCUGAUGACGAGUAA